UUUCCUUCUUUUCUCUUGCAGAUGCAGUCCCAAUUUCACUAAAUUUCCCCCUGCAUCUGCUUCUAAAAAAACAAUUCCCAUUUUCCUUCUCAAAAUUUCACUCCAAUAAUCCCCCCAAAAAAUAGAAAAAUCCACCACUUUCCUCAUCCAUUUUGGUCCAAUAUUGAGAGAUAAAAGUUGGGAAAAUCUCAUUUUCUUGAUUUUCCGGUGGACAAAAAAAAAAAAAUCCCAUUUCCCUUCUCAAAUUCAAAAUACCCACAAAAAAAAAAGUGGGAAAAGCUUAUUUUCUUGAUUUUCCGGUGAGAAAAAAAAAUUCCCAUUUCAAAUUCGAAAUACCCACAAAAAAAAAAGUGGGAAAAGCUUAUUUUCUUGAUUUUCCGGUGAGAAAGCUCAUUUUCUUGAUUUUCCGGUGAGAAAAAAAAAUUCCCAUUUCAAAUUCAAAAUACCUACAAAAAUAUAAGUGGGAAAAGCUUAUUUUCUUGAUUCUCCGGUAACAAUAUGCCGUCAUUAGAAGAAGAAUUGUUUCCAUCAACACCAGGAAAAUUCAAGGACAGAAAUCGUCAUUUCCAUAGAUGUUUUGCAUCAACAAGUACAAUGUUCUUAUGGGCAUUGUUUUUAAUAGCAAUAACAGCUUCAUAUUUGUGUUUUCAAUCAUUUAUGGAUAAUAAUAAUUCGACCGGCAACCGGUAUUUCACCAGUCAUCGUUGGGAGAAACAAGUCCUUACCUCAGCUCAGAUAAGACGGGCCCACGGCAUGUCAGUACUUGUUACCGGCGCAGCCGGUUUUGUUGGGUCCCACGUCUCGAUCGCCUUAAAAAAACGUGGCGAUGGAGUCGUAGGACUCGAUAAUUUCAACAAUUACUAUGACGUAUCCUUGAAAAAAGCGAGAAAGAAUCAACUUAAUGAGAACGGGAUAUUCGUCGUCGAAGGUGAUAUAAACGAGUCCAAACUAUUGGUAAAACUUUUCGACAUUGCGAAGUUUACACAUGUCAUGCAUCUAGCAGCUCAAGCCGGGGUUCGUUACGCAAUGGAAAACCCCAACUCUUAUAUUCAUAGUAAUAUUGCGGGUCUCGUUACGUUGCUCGAAGUUUCCAAAAAUGCGAACCCGCAACCUGCGAUUGUGUGGGCCAGCUCUAGUUCGGUUUACGGGUUAAAUGAGAAAGUUCCUUUUUCCGAAUCGGAUCGGACGGAUCAACCUGCUUCGUUGUACGCGGCGACGAAAAAAGCGGGCGAGGAAAUUACUCACACGUAUAAUCAUAUAUACGGGUUGUCGAUAACCGGGUUGAGGUUUUUCACGGUUUACGGGCCGUGGGGUCGACCCGACAUGGCGUAUUUUAGUUUUACGAGGAAUAUAUUGCAAGGGAAACCAAUCACGGUCUAUCGGGGCAAGAAUCGGGUCGAUUUGGCCCGGGAUUUUACGUACAUUGAUGAUGUCGUGAAAGGGUGUAUCGGGUCACUUGAUACGUCCGGUAAGAGUACCGGGUCGGGUGGGAAGAAACGGGGCCCCGCUCCGUAUCGGAUUUUUAAUUUGGGUAAUACGUCGCCAGUUACGGUACCUAUGAUGGUUGGAAUGUUGGAGAAACAUUUGAAGAUUAAAGCGAAAAAGAAUUUUGUCGUUAUGCCCGGAAACGGUGACGUUCCGUUUACACAUGCGAAUAUAAGUUCGGCCCGAAAAGAAUUCGGGUAUAAGCCCACAACCGAUUUGCAAACCGGGUUGAAGAAAUUUGUUAGGUGGUAUCUCUCAUAUUAUGGCUACAAUCAAGGAAAGUCUGUAAAGUGAUAAUUACCUUUUGCUUUUUUUUUUUCUUUUUUAAUUGUGGUUAUUUUAGAUUUUUUAUUUAUUUUUCUAUCACGAAGGAAAGAAAUUGGAGGAAGAAAAAAAGAAGGAAAAAGAAAAGGUGAAUACCAAUUCUUUUUUUUUUUAUUGUUAUUAUUAUUGGGGAAAGAGGAGAGAAGAAGUAUUGAUAAACUCCCUUGCCCCCUCUGUUAGAGGAUCUUCUUGUUGUUUUCCUUGUAAAGGAUAAAAAAGUUUAUUCUUUGUCUCA